UCUCCAGACCUUUCCGGAACGCUCUUAGAGCGUUCUGGGGUGCUUGGAAGCACGGCCGCGGCGUCCUCCGUACAGUCAACCCGCGCGGCGGCGGGCGGCCGCGCCGCGCGAGCGAGCGCACGGGCGCGGGACGGGGCGAGGCGGCCUCAAGGAGUGAGGGCGGUGGCCCUCGCGCGAGCGGGCGCACGGCGGGGCAUGGCGAGGCGCCCUCGAGGAGUGCCGGUGGUGGCCCUCGGCCUUCUGCUGGCCCUGCUCCGGGUGGCGGGUGGCUCAUCGGAUGCCGAGGGCGCUGGCUUGCAGCAGGGGGAGAGCCGUGCGGGCCCCGAUGCGUCGACUCGUGCAGCGCCGCCGUCACUGAGUGCCCCAGGAGACGGGGGGAUGUGCCAGCAAGGACGGCCGGAUUUGUGCCGAGACCGUCUCCGAGACUGCGCGAUUUCGAGUCCUUUCGAGGCCUGUUACUGUGAGGACGGCUACGGUGCCCAGGACAUCAAGUGCGUCGCGGACAGCUUCGGGUACAGCUGCAAGUAUACUUGUUGCCCUGCCCAGGUUGCCUUCGAGUGUGGACCCUUCGAACGGGAGAAUUUGCACCUCUUGGCAAUCAUCGGUCUCUCGCUCCUUGCCUUUGGCACGGCCGGAGUCUUCGUGACGAAGGUGUGGAUUGUUGUUGCCAGUCGGAGAUCACGGGCUGUGUGGCUGAGCCCGGAGGACCGUGCCGUGGAGUCGGGGCCCGUGGUACGACCCCGCCACGGUUCCGAGCCCAGCUUCAUCAAGUAUAGAUGCCACAG